AUGGCCACAAAGCUCUCAGUGCAAUGCCAUACAUGCGGAUUUUUGCGUCGGCAGAGGGCUCACGUUAGGAAUAUUCCUAACAACUUAGAGGCUUCUUGUGACCAAAGUCAUGCGAAGGCUGCAACGCCCUUUCAGAAAAACAAUUGUACAGUCAUGGAAAACAAUGACUGUUUCCCACAAGGAUUCUUUACCGUUUUCCGCAAUUCUUCACAAUAUUUGCAGCUCAAUCUCAAUGAAGAGGGAGCCAGAGAGCGCGGAGGAACAUUCCAAGAAAAGGCCAUCCAUACUAAAACGUCUGCGCACGAGUGUCCACCAUCAACUCUGGUGACCCAGCGGCUUAAUGCAAGGCCUGUACAUAACCCCUCGUUGACACCUUCGUCUCUGAGAGGUCCACAGCACCUCUACCAGACGUCUAAAUCCGGAAGAGACGUUCUGGGCUAUGCUAAUGAAGCUGUGGUAACUAGAGGCCCAAGAGCAAGGGUGCAAGGUUUUGGCCCAUCCAUGAGUGAAGUCAAUCAAGAACGCUGCUGCACCUGUGGAGAGGGAAACCAACAGGUCAUGAACCCGGUCCUCAAAUCCCCAGCGUCUUCUCAGCACUCGGAGGGCAAGGGCAGCCACGUGACGGCGAGAAAUGAAAAAUGCUUCCUAGUCAGGCACACGCCUCAUCCCAGACGAGUUUGCCACAUCAAAGGUUUGAACAACAUCCCAAUCUGCACUGUGAAUGAUGAUGAAAUCCCACUUAGAAUGCUGUGGAACCCUGGCCAGGUUAGCCACUUAGAGAGGAACGAGAUGCCUUUAGCCAAAUCUGGUAACCCUCCCAGCACUGCAAUCCUGGAGAGUCCCACAGGAGGACUGGCACCAGUCCGAAACAAAGGUCUUAUAAGACCUCAGUCUGAGCCAUGUAAAAUUACCAAUGAAUGCUUCAAAACCUCCAUCGACAAUCCCUUAGUGAUUAAGAAGGAUGAAUUUAAAGCCAAAAAGCCACUACUGGCUCCACGGAUGUGCUCUGCUGCUGGCUCACUGUCCUCAGCAGUGAACACCAAGAUGGAUGGGAAUGAAAACACUGUGAGCAUACCAAACUAUCUGGACCAGGAGAUAAAAAUCCUGUCAAAGCUCUGUGACAUUUUACAUACUGAUUCUCUGGCAGAAGUUCUGCAGUGGUUGCUUCAUGCAAGUUCCAAAGAAAAGGAGUGGGUAUCAGCUUUGGUUCAUUCUGAACUAUCUGAGAUUAACUUGUUGAGUCAGCAUGGAAGAAAUACCCCAGCAGAACCAAUGGCAGAGCUCAGGAAGCAAUCCAUAACUGUAAAACCCACCACAGCCAAAUCGAUGCAAAAUAUGCCUGCAAAAUCCAAAGUGCUGACCAGACUUAGAGAUGGACACCAGCCAUUCAGAACGUCAAGUCAAGGAUCUGAAGGCAAUAGGGCGGUCUCACAAGGGGCUGAGACCCAGUUGUUUCUAAGAAGAAACAAGCCAAAAAUACCUGUUACAGAGUAUUUCAGCAACCCAAAGUCUCCUCUCAGGCCCACUACCCAGGACAGUGGAUCAGCAAAACCAGUGUCAGUGAGGAGUGUGCGAGGAUACAGCACUCAAACAGUAAUCUACCCCUUAACCACACCAAAAGCAGAUGAGCACUGGCCAGUUCGUUCACAAAGACGAGCUUCACACUGA